UUAUUCUUUAUUUUUAAAUAAUAUUGUAAAUUUUGAAUAAAGAUAAUAACUAGUUAGCUAUAGUCAAUUUUAUCUUCAACUAUAAACUGAGUUGGUUUUCAGAAAUAGUCGCGUAGUUAACUCGAUGUAAAUAUAAUAAAUAAAUAAAUAUAAAAAGUACGAUAAAUCUCGACUGUAAUAAAUAUUAAUUAUUAUGCAGCAUUAGCUCUUGACGUAUAAAUUACGUUAGACUGUAAUGUAUGAGUCAGAUAAAUGUUUCUCUCGAAGAUGUGACAUAAUUGAGAACAAAGUAUUCAUCGAAAUUACAGUUGGCUGUUAAUUUAACAAGUUUCAUUCCAAGUGAUACUAAAUAAAAACAAAAUAAUCAAAAUGACAACAAUAAAUAAGCCGUCAAAAGAAAUGACACAAUCUGUGUGUGCACAGAUGGAAAGCUCAAUGACAGAUGGAAAUUCUAGAUGUGAAUCGCCGAAACGUGGUACAACACUUUCAACUAGUACCAGUAGUUUUGAAGCUCUUGAUCCUCAUGAUCCAAAUCUAAGUCGUUUAGCUAAUACAAUGUUUCAAAAAACUGGUGAGUAUUUGCAAGAAGAACUCACCGCUACUCAUGCUGAUUAUCGUUUAUUGGAAAGACUAAAUAAAGAGACUAUUGCUAAGUAUACAGAAUUAAAGACAAUAUCGUCAAACGUUUCAAUAUCAUUGGAUUCUUUAAAUGAAAAAUAUAAAAAUUUACGGCCUAUAUUGGAGAAUAUUGAUCAAAUUGAUGACAGUGUCAAUAAACUAGAACAAGCAGCUUAUAAGCUAGAAUCGUAUUCUAAGCGAUUAGAAGCAAAGUUUAAAGAUCUAGAAAAAGAUUUGAAAAAGAAUGAAAAUCUUUAUGUUCGUAAACAAUGUAUAGAUAAUGUGACAAAAGGUAACGUUACAACUGGAAAUAAGUCCACUUUAUAAUCUGAUACUAAUUACUGCAUAAUAUAAGAUAUUUAAAAUUUGUUAUAUAUACAAGCAUUAAUAUAGUCUUGAAUGUAACUGAAUAAUAGUUGUUAAUUUUAAAGUUACUUAUUUUAAUCGAGAAUUACAAAGUAUAUUUGUGCUUGCAUUUACUUAAAAAAAAUUAAUAAUAAGUAAGAUUAACAAAUAAUUACAAAGAAAUUAGAUUGUAAAAUUAAAGUACACAGUUUAAUUAUAUGAAUCAUGAUCAUUGGUGUUCACAUUUCUAUGUAAAUAAAAGAUGUUAAAAUGUCACAGAAAAUGAA